UUCAGGGGAAAAUAUGUCUAGGUAGACCAAUGUAAAACAUUUAAAUGAGUACACUGUAUAAAAAUAUAUGUCUUAUCAAGUACGUUUAACUUAUUUUCAGGUUAAAAAAAAUCUAACCAUCCUUAAUAUAAGGUAAACUGGCUAUGUCAGCUUAGUAACUGUCAGCCUGAUUGGUUGACUGCCCAGAUCUACUCCGGCCCAGGACGUCUCUGUUUUCCAUGACCUGGUGUGGUCUUAUAUUUUUGACAAUACACAAAUAAUACUCUCUAAAAGUCCUAUGUUCAGUGUUCUUAUUGUGUACAUUAUGCUUCAGUCAAGGCUAGAAAUCCACAAAACCGGUUGAUGUGCCAUAUAUUCACAGAACCUUGUGUGUCAACAGCACAGAAAGGUCCUGACACACACAGCUACACAGUCUAACAAAUAGCUGGCCAGUAUGCUAAUAACCUAGCUAAAGUUGGUUUCCAUUUACUAAUGUUAACAUACAGUCCUAGCUUCCGUUAACCGGCUAUAGCUUGAAACAGUUUGUCAUUGAGUUUCUACAUGUGGCUUGAGUAAACAGGACAUGUUUCCUGCUUUAUUUGUUGGCUUGCAUCAUUUAUGACUUGUUAUUAGCAUGUGUCACACAGUAUUAAUAGUGUCAGAGUAUAAUCUUUAGAUCAUGUUGGUUCUAAUGUUGGUCUGCCUAUAGUACUGUCAUAAUUGUGGGAAGAGACCCAUUCAAACAGGUUUAUCAACAAAGGAAGGCCACCUACACAAGGAAAGAGAACGGAAGAGCGGAGAUGGGGGAGUGAAGAGAUUAGGUAGCCUGUGCUCAGCGAGUAGCUGCAGGCCUUCAGGUUGUUUGUACGCUAGGUCUGUGUGUCUGUGUAGACGGCCCUCGUGUGUGUAAUGGGUGUGCCCAUGUGACGCUGGCACACAGAGGGAGUGGCUCUUUCUAGAGUCUGCUUCAGGUGUGUUUGCGUGUGUUUGAGUGUGUUUAGUACACGAUUAAAAGACGGAUUAAACUGAAAGACAUCCAGUCCGGUCUAUAGUCAGUGGGGAAAAAAGACGUAAGGAAGGAAAGUGGAAACUAAAGGCAGAUGAAAGAAAGCGGACGGGAUGGCGUUUGUGGAUUCUUUGUAAAGUUCUCAAAGAAGCUGAAGGAGUGUAGCCUGUCUGGACUUGUUGUGACAAAGGUGGAAGCCUCCCCCAUGAAGACAACAUGGUACUGUCCUCUGGACUUGCCAACUGUGAUGGAAGAGGAAGAGGAUGGACUGAUUUACACCGUGAUGGUGAAGCAACAGCUUGGCGUCAGUUCACCGUCCUGUGCCUCCCGUUCUCAUUGUGUGAAAGCGGGAACAGAGGAGAAGCUAGUGCUGCAUCUCCUCCACUCCUUCUCCAUGGGAGACAGUACCUUCAGCACCAUCUUCCUUUCCACCUAUCGCUCCUUUACCUCAACCGAGAGAGUGCUGGACAUCCUCACCGACAGAUUGGAGAAUCCACCAGGAGAAAGUGCAACUAGUCAGACCAGGCAAGCCUUCAACAGAGCGGUGUGCACGGUGUUCAGAACGUGGCUGUCUGAGUAUCCUGAGGACUUUGACUCCCUAGGGGAGCCCGGUCGUUUGCUGCGCCUGGCCCCUCGCCUGCCCACAGACCCCUCUGGGACAGAGCUAAGGACCCACCUCCUUAGGCUGGCAGAGAAGCUGAGUGAACAGGCCCUGCUGCCCAACUCUACUGCAGGGAGAACCAACGCCACCAGCCCUCCUGCUGACCCUACUAAGUUUGAUCCCACCCAUAUCCUGGGCUUUCCAGCUGGGCUGAUUGCCGAGCAGCUCACCAAAAUAGAGACGGAGCUGUUUGUACGUCUGGUCCCAUACCACUGCCUCGGCUCGCUGUGGUCUCAGAGAGACAAGAAGGGUCAUGAAGGCGUGUGCUGGUCUGUCCGGGCCACCGUACGCCAGUUCAACCGGCUGGCCAAUGCUGUCGUGGCAUCAUGUCUGUGGCCCACGUGGCUCCGCAGCCAGCAGAGAGCCCGUCUCCUGGAGAAAUGGAUCAGCGUGGCGGAGGAAUGCAGAGCCAGGAAAAAUUUCUCGUCUCUCUACGCCAUUGUGUCUGCCCUGCAGAGUAACCCUGUACAUCGGCUGAGAAAGACAUGGCUGGAAACUGACAGGGAAACAGCGAAGAGAUACGAGGAGCUGUCUGACAUUUUCUCAGAGAAGGACAACUACUCCCAUUGUAGGGAGCUGCUGAAAGAGGAGGGCACUUCGAAGUUUGCCAACCUGGACAUCAAGACCAACAACAGGAGACAUGUAGGGUCCAGUGCCCAGGGCACCGUCCCUUACCUGGGGAUCUUCCUCACAGACCUCACCAUGCUGGACACCGCCGUCAAAGACAGACUAGAGAACGGCUACAUCAACUUUGACAAAAGAAGACGGGAGUUUGAGGUAUUAGCUCAGAUCCGACUCCUGCAGUCUUCCUGUAAAAACUGUGUUUUCGUCCCUGAUGAGUCAUUUCUACAGUGGUAUCAAAGUGUGCCGUUGUUAAAUGAAGAGGAAAGUUACAGAUUGUCCAAUGAAAUUGAGACACCAUGUGAACCAAGCCCUGGUCGUGCCAUGAACCCUACAGUGAUAAUCACUCAAUGCCCAAGCCUGACUUCUUCCAGGACCAGCCUGGCUGCUGACAGUGAAGGUCUGUUUGACAUCCACUCCCCGGUUAGUCACUUCCUGUCCAAACUCACCAAGCAUAUGAAAUCCCCCUCAGUUUCCUGUUUGGAUGUUGACUCCUCCCCUCCCACUAAUGAACCCAUCUCCUCUGCAUUGACGCCAUCCACUCCUGUCAAAUCACAUCGUCGAUCAGUCUCCUGUGGCAACAAUCCCAAUAAUAACAACAAAUUGCCUGGGCCGGAGAUGCAGAUCAUCAGAAUACGGAUGGAUUUACACGAUGGGAAUUUGUACAGAAGCAUACUGGUGACUAGCAAUGACAAGACACCCACUGUGAUCAGUUCUGCCUUAGAAAAACACAGUCAGGACCCCAAACAGGCAUCCAGAUAUGAGCUGAUCCAACUAUUGCCUGAGGGGAAAGAGUUGGUCAUACCUGCCACAGGAAAUGUCUUCUAUGCCAUGACUUCCUCCAGUGUCGACUUCCUGCUGCGCAAACAAGGAGGGAACAUCCCUUUUGGCUCUCAACCUAUCACUACAGAAACCAGCGCUACCUUCCCUCGAAUCAAAGCCAAGGGAAAGAGACUAGUUAGAACUCUUUUUUGACAACAGCUUUUUUCCAAAUAGGCUAUAUCUCAAGGACAGAUCAAGAUAAGAAUGCGGGCAGAUUUCUCAAUGGGAUUUGGCCUUGUCUUCCUUAAUCCCAUAAUGAUAUAUGCCUUUUUACGAAGUGGGAAACAUUCUGACCCUGAAACCUUUGUGACUUUUUUUGAUGAAUGACUUCUUACCAAGGACAUAUCAAUAACGUGCUGCCGGUUUCUGUACACCAGGGAGCUCCAUUGGUGUAGAAGGUUGCGUUUCUCUCUUGCUGGCAAAUGCACACUACUGCUAAAAUACAGCGGGUACAAGACCAAUGCAGACCUUUCACUGAUUUUCUAUGGUGCUGUUUCUCUGUGUCUCUGGUCAUUGGCAUCACAUUUCCUAUCUAACCCAAUGGAUUAGCUUCAUCACCAUCAGCAAUACAAAUGUUAUUGAGCAGUUGUACCUCAGGUGCCAUCCAUUGAGGGCUGAAAACAGACAGCCUUUUUGGAUCCUAGGUGUUUUGGGCAAUGGAACCUUGUUGAAUGUACUAUGAAAACAUCAUCGCAGUUGACAUUAACCACAGCUACAUUUUACAUUUCUCAAGUGUGUGGAUCAAAGCAGAAAUUGUAACAAGCAUCUAGAGAACAUGAGAGAUGUGGAGGGCACCAGGAUGACAUUUUGACACUUUACUCUGUAUAUAUUUGGACUGUGAAUCUACAACGUUUAAUUUGGCUCCAGCAUUUCUAUUUUAAAUCCAAUGUUUCAAAACAGCACACAAUUUCACCUUUUUAGAGUGGAUUUUCAUCCAUGAAAUUACUACAUUACAUAUCUAGUUGAUCCUCCUUUGAAGGUGUCAUUUCUACAAAUUCAUUCACUGUAAAUAAAAAUAGAAUAUUUUUUAACUGUUUUACUUUUACUCUGUGUGAAAACUGAUUAUAUCAAUGUGAAAUGUGAAAGAAUGUCAAUGCAAAAGGUUCACAAAGGUAAUACCCCCCAGACAUUCUAACCUAUUAACAAUAACCAGGUUUAUUUAUCAGGGGCAGUUAUGGCUUUUUCUCAUGCAUUAUUCAUAAAUGUCAACAUUUUAUCUUAACUUUAAAAUGCUGGUUUAUAGAGAAAAGUUUCCACUUCACCAUCCACAUACACUCAGAAGGGAAUGUAAGCAUCUAAAUAAGUGUGACAGGGUAACUGUCAUUGUUACAUAGCAUUGAGGGUCAUCUAUUAUUCAUUUAAAUUCUGUCCAUUGUAUACAUGUACAUAAUGUGUUUUGUGUGACCGGACAAGAUCAUGAUUGUGUUUACAAGAGUUAUUAACUGUCAGAAUUACUUAAGUUAUUCAUUGUUAAGUAACAUGAAAUGCAUUAUAUUGCCCCAUAUUACAAUCCUUUGAAAUGGGUUAAGAUUAACAUAAAUCAGAGCUGAACAUGCUACUUUUACUUGGGUAUACAAUUUGUAUGUACCAGACAGACAGUUCUGGUAGAAAACACUAAUUAAAUGAUAUUCUCUGUUGUGCCUGAAAGUAAAAUGAUGUCUACAAUUACACCUUAAUUUUAUAAUUUUCAAUAUAGUAGAAGCUUAUUUUUAUCAAUGGUCUCUGAAUGGGUUUAGAUAAUAGAUCAAAGGGAGGUCUGCCAAGUAUAACCUGGGCUCCCAAAGUCAGUUUUGAAAGACCAGUGUGUUGUAUUGUCAUUCCCAUCAAUCAUUGAAUGAUGUUUAAUUGAUGUUUUAUUUUGCAUUUGAUGGAAACCUGGCAUCUGAAGCUAUAGUAUUUAAUGUAAUGUCUUAAGUCCAGGCACUCAAUGUAGGUUUUGCUCUAAAUCCGUGAGGAUGAGACCAGUUAGAGGAAACACCUGUCAACAUUAGGGGCAUGGAGAACUGAUUAUGGAUGCCUAACCGAUGAACUCCUGUGAAUUCUGACUAAUAUAGCCUUUUGCUGUUGGAGUAUCUACGAAUACUGGAGAAUGGAUAAGGCAGUUCCAGGGAGAGGAGUGAGGAUUGUGGGUAAUGUAGUCAGAUGAAGUGCGAUCACCAGGCUAAGCUACUGAUUGUUUAGUGCCUUUUUAGGAGUGCACCUUCAUGUCCCUGUGGUUCCAGGUCAAAAGUAGUGCAUAGGGAUUAGAGUGCACGUUGAUAUAAUGCCUCUGACACAUUUGAUAAUGAAUGUACAUUUCAUAUGAUGUCAUAAAUAAACACCUGUAUAUAAGCA